AUGCCUUUUGGCCUCACCAAUGCCCCUUCUACUUUCUAUUCUUUCAUGAAUGAUGUAUUGAGAGCUUAUUUGAGGAAAUGUGUUCUUGUGUUUUUCGACGACAUUCUCAUCUACAAUCCCUGUUUGGCAGCUCACCUUCAACACUUGGAAUGGGUGUUUCAAACUUUACAGAAGAAUUCCUUAGUAGUAAAAGAGAGUAAGUGCAGCUUUGGAGCAUCUCAGGUUGAAUACCUUGGUCACAUCAUUAGUGGGAAAGGUGUAGCAGUGGAUCCUUCAAAGAUAGAGUGUGUAGAGAAAUGGCCGCUACCUAAAACUAUCAAAGCAUUGCGAGGGUUUCUCGGUUUGGCAGGAUACUAUCGUAAAUACGUCAAGGGUUUUGGAUUGAUUGCAAAGCCACUGACUAGUUUGCUCAAAAAGGAUGGCUUUAAGUGGGAUGAAAGAUCAACAGAGGCUUUUGAAGAAUUAAAGGCAGCUCUCACAUCCACUCCGGUCCUAGCAUUUUCGGAUUUUUCUAAGCCCUUCACUAUUGAGUGUGACGCAUCUGAGGUGGGAAUCGGGGCAGUCCUUUCUCAAGACAGGCACCUUAUAGCCUUUAUGAGCAAGGCUCUCUCUCAACGACACCUCGCACUCUCAGUCUAUGACAAAGAGAUGUUGGCAGUGGGUUGCAAAGAUGUAAAACAGUUUGUGGCUAACUGUGAUGUAUGCCAACAAAACCACUACGAAGCCAUUCGACCCCCAGGACUGCUGCAGCCAAUCAACAUCCCUGACAAAGCUUGGAGUGUCAUCACCAUGGACUUCAUUGAAGGGUUACCCAAGUCACAAGGUAAGACUGUUAUAUGGGUUGUAGUGGACAAGCUCACUAAGGUGGCUCAUUUUAUACUUCUCUCACAUCCCUACACAGCAGCUUCCCUAGCUAAUGUCUUUGUAUCAGAAGUGUUUCGACUACAUGGCAUGCCUGAUGCCAUAAUAUCUGAUCGAGACCCCAUUUUUAUGAGUCUUUUUUUGGAGGAAUUUUUCAAGCUACAGGGUACUUCGCUGAACAAGUCUACAGCCUACCACCCUCAAACAGAUGGUCAAACGGAGAAUCUCAAUCAGACCUUAGAGCAAUAUCUGCACUGUGUUACUGGCAACAAGCCUCAGGAGUGGGAGCUGGAAUUUGGGCUUGCGCAUCAAGAGCUCCUUGCGUUUCUGGCACCUGCCAGCAACGCGGAGCGCGGCCGUCCCGAGCCUGAAUCGGCGGUGCUUCUUCACUCCUCCAGUGGCAGCAGUCGACUCGAGAGCGACUUCCUUGCAACAAGCCCUCCACAUAUGAGAGUGUGUAACAUCCUGACCCAGGUGUUAAAAGAAUAA